AUGGCGUCGCGGCCGAGUAAGCGCACGAAGCGGUAUCAGCGGACGCAACUCGCGGGGGAGCUGCGGCGGCGGCGGACGAAGAAAAUCAUCGCGACGCGCGCGCGACGGGGCGCGCGGGGUGGAUCGGACGCGCAGUCGGCGUCGGAAGGCGAGGACGAGGGGCGGAGCGCAUCGGAGGACGAUGACGGCGCGCGGCGAUUGGAGGAGAUGUCGAUCGAUGAGUUCUUGAAUCAGAGUGAUUUUGAUGCGGAGGAGGACGGUGGGGAGAGCGAGGGUGAGGAGGGUUCAGACAUGGAGCAUUCAGAGGAGGAAGACGAAGACGAAGAGGGCGAGGACGAGGAGGACGAAGACGACGCGGAGGAAGAGAGCGAGAGCGACGACGGCUCCGAUGACGAACUAGACGAACUCAGGGAUGAGAACGCGAAGAUUUCGACCGAGGUCAAGUCGCACAAGGCGACGCUCGAUAAGCUCAAGGAGACGGAUCCGGAGUUUUAUGAAUUUUUGCAGACGGAGGAUCAAGACUUGUUGGAAUUCGACGAAGACGACGAGGACGAGGAGGACACGGACGACGAAGAGGAGGACGAAGACGACGAAGAAGGUGGACGAAAGAAGAAAAGAAAGCAGCGCACGCUCACGACGGAAGUGGUGAAGAAACUUUGCGUCAACGCGAAGGGCGGCACAUCGCUCGCCGGGGCGAAGGCACUGUUCCAGGCGUACAGAGCGGCGUGUCACUACGGCGAUGACGAGAACGAUGGGGACGAAUCGAGCGUUCGGUUGGCGUCGUCGAGCGCGUUUCAUGAGCUCGUGCAGUACACACUCGUGAAUGGCGACGGUAUCCUUCGUGGCUUGCUCGGGGUGAAGAGUGAAGGCGAUGAGCCGAGUCACGUGUUCAAACCGCACGCAAACGCAAGAUGGAAGAAGGUUUCACCUCUGGCUAAGUCUUACAUCGGCAAUACUUUGCACCUUCUCGGGAAUUUAACCGACGCAGAGAUGACUGGUAUGGUGCUUAGUCAGCUCAAAUCAGUCAUUCCAUUCAUGGCGACGUUUGAACGUCUCAUCAAGAGAGUCACGCGCACGGCACUGCACUGCUUUGGGAGCGGCGAACCAGCGGUUCGUGUGCAAGCCAUCUUGCUCCUUCGCGCCAUCGCGGUCGGGCUUCCACCGCCAGCCCUGGAAAGAGUGGCCAAGGGAGUUUAUCGAACUUUCGCCUCAAACGCAAAGUUCGUCAACGUUGACUCCGUGGAGCACAUCGCGUUCAUGUCCACGUGCGUGGUCGAAAUUUUUGGCCUUGACCAACAGCAAGCGUAUCCUCUGGCGUUCAGCUACAUUCGCCAGCUGGCGUCGCUUCUUCGUGGCGCGCUCACUGCGAAGAGUAAGGAGUCGUUUCGCAAUGUGUACUGCUGGCAAUAUGUCAACUGUCUCGAGUGCUGGGAGCGCGUCUUGAGCGCGCACGCGCAAGCAGAGGACGCGCCGCUGAGGCCUUUAGUUUACCCUCUGGCUCAGGUGGCCCUAGGCGCGGCGCGCUUGCUCCCUUCGGCUCGAUACGCCCCGCUCCGAUUGCGACUCGUCGCGCUGUUGAAUCGUUUGGCGGCGAGCACGGGUCGAUUCAUUCCCAUCGCGCCGUUGCUCAUGGAACUUCUCACCUUCAGCGAGUUGACGAAGCCUCCGGUUUCAUCCAAGUCUCACCCACCCGAUUUCACGGUUGUUUUGCGUCUGGCCAAGCAAGAUUUGCGUCUUCCGGGCGUGCAGGAUAUUAUCGUUGAAUCGUGCAUGGAGUCACUCGCCGAACACUUGCAUCAAAACGCCUACUCUCCGGCAUUCCCAGAGCUGGCCCACAUCCCGAUGCGAGAGCUCAAAAAGUUUUGCAAAACCGUGACGGUGACCCGGUUCCGCAAAGCCGCACGAGCCAUCAUCGAGGCCUCUGAGCGCACGACAGACUGGGUCAUUCGCAAGCGAGAUAACGUGGACUUUGCGCCGAAGGAUUUAGCGAAAGUGGAAUCUUUCCUGAGAGCUGAGAAGACCGAGGGCAAGGCUCCAGUGUCGCGCUUGGCGAAGAUGCUGCAUGAAAAAGCGGCGCAGCGCGUCGCGGCGCAGCAAGCCUCUGAAGUCAAGCUCACGCGUAGUAAACCGUCCACGGGUGCGUCCGAUAGCGAAGACGAGGAGAUGGACGAGCAGAUGGCGGAGCAGCGAGACGAAGAAGACGAAGAAGACGAAGAAGAUGAGGACGAUUUCGACGCCGACGAUAGCGACUCAGACGGACUCGUCAUCGAUGGCGAUGAGGCGUACGCCGACUUCAAAAAACGUAAAUCCUCCGCCAGUGACCACGAGAACCACCACGGAGACGAUGAUAAGAUCGAAGAUUUGGAGCUUUCGUCUUCCGAGGACGAGCCAGAGCGCGCUCCGAAACCGAAAAAGUCAAAAACGCGUAGAUAG